GGUUGGUUUGAUUUGAAUAGUUUUAAUUCCUUGAAAUUUUUGGUUCAAUUCAUUUUUUUAAAGUAAAAUUUUAGUUUAUUCCGGUUCAAAUGCACACCCUAAUUGGGAGCAUUUUGUUUAUGCUAACGGUCAAACAAGUAGAAAAGAAUCUUUGAGUAAUCUUUAGGAAAGUGGCAAAUGGCUUGAUAAGGGAAAACUUCUGCAGGCCUUGGCUAAAAAAACUAUGCUAUAAGAAGACAAUUACUUUGACAGGAAAAGAUAAUUAAACAAAUAGAAUAAUGCAUGGAUGCAUGAGGGAACACCACCAAUUGAUAUUUUUAUAUAAAUAAAAAGUUAACCUACGACUUGGAUUUAAAAGAGUUCAAGUUCGUAAACCUCGAAGAAGAAGAUCUUUUUUUUUUUUGAACGAUCGAAGAAGAAGAUCUUAAAACCUGAAGAUAAUAUGGGCAAGGCAAGCAGAUGGAUAAUAAACUUCUUGCUAGGCAAAAAGGAAGAGAAAGAAAAGAGAAAAAACAUCUCUUUCUAUGAAGAUUACGGUAAAACACCAACCCGAAGCAUACCGUCAUCAUCCCCAACUUACAAGAGGCGAUGGAGUUUUAGGAAAUCAGCAAGCAAAGAGAAGGUUCAUAAGACUUCGAAUUCAUUUGACUCGAUCGCACCACUUAACUCGAUCACCCCACUUAUUACACAAUAUCCAGCAUUGCUCGAAUGGAAAAAGCUUCAAGCUAAUAAGAAUAAGGCAUCGGUGGCUGAAGUAUGUUCACCAGCAGAAGCUAUAAAGAGAGUUGUGUCAAGAAGGCAUGAAGCUGAUCAUAGAAUUAUAAGAUUAAUCAAAGCUGUAGCUGCCACCAGAAUCCAAUCUGCCUACCGUUCUCAUUUGGCAAGAAAAGCUUUGUGCGCUUUGAAGGCAUUAGUGAAGAUACAAGCACUAGUAAGGGGUCACUUAGUAAGGAAACAAACAUCAGCUACGCUUAGGCAAAUGCACGCACUGAUAUCGAUACAAGUAAGGGCUCGGUUUCAGAGAAUUCAGAAGGCUGAAGAAUCAGCCUUGCUUGUUGUAAGAAGCCAAGCAUCUGGACAUGGAAGUUCCCGUCUCGACAAUGGACUAAUAGAAGCAUAUACUGAAAAAUUAGACCUAAAUAGUUAUGAAACAAAAAAAGUUUUGAAGGACAAGCAUGGCAUUUUAAAUCACUCACAGAUGGAGAGAAGGGAGCAUGGGGUUACCAAAUACUACUCAGGAGAAUUAUACAUCUCCAGGAAAGAGCGAGAACGAGAGCGGGAUUUCCAAUGUGAGGACUUCUCCUUCCCCACAGUACCAAAUAGUCCCCGAAUCUACUCCCCACCUACUAAGGCACUCCCAGGAAGAGCUUCGUUUACGUAUCAGAAACCGGACUAUAUGCAACCCAUUUCUCAUCCAAACUACAUGGCCAACACAGAAUCUUCAAGGGCCAAACUCAGGUCACAAAGUGAACCGAAACAGAGACCCAAUGUCAGUACGAAGCCAAAAAAUGAGCAGCAACAUGGUCAGCUACAAGGCUCAUCCUUUUACUCAACACCAUUUGCUUAUGAAAACCAGGAUCCGUGGUUUAUCAAUUCCUUUCGAUCAAACAGGUCGAAGGAUAGCAAAUUUGAUGCCAAGAGCACAGCUAGCUCUACUCAGUCCAAUUACAAAAAACUUCUUGCCACCUAUGAGUCUAACCUAAAUCUAUACUAAGAUGAAAAAAAUACCAAGGACGCAUUAAACACAACAUCAUCCACAAAAACUUUUUGCUGGAAACUCUUUGUAAAUUUAUGAAAUCAAGUUUCAAGUCACAGUUACUGGCCAUCCAUGAUAGCAGAUAUAGAGAAAUGGCAAAUCCAUGAAUGCAGAUAUAGAGAAAUGGCAAAUCCAUGAUUGCAGAUGUAGAGAAAUGGCGGAUCCAUGCAAUGCACAAACUACACAGUGAUUUCCUUUUAACAGUAUUCCCCUGUAGAAGAAAGGGAACCUGAAAGUUGGGUAUGUAAAAGGAAACAUAGCUCAAGAAAUUAAUGUCAGAAUAGGACGAUUUUCCAUAAUAA